AAAAUGUCUGAAGACUUCAGGACAAAAGCAGCUUCUCAUGUUUUGAAACGAAUCAAAAAGAGGGAAUGGUGUCUCAAAGGAUCAGCAUAUUGUGUUAAGAGAGCAAGUCCUUUGCGGCUUAAGCCAAUCAGGAAGUUACCGACCCUCAAGCUUAACAAUCAGGAGAUCAGAGAACAAAUUUUAGAAAAGAAGUUCAGGCAGCAUAAAGCGUUAAAUAAGAUCAAACAGCUGGGUAAUAAUCUGAGCACCAAAAAGUCUGCCUCUGGCAAGAUCUCUGAUAUUCUGCUUUCUCUCGGUCAGAAACCUAUAUAUGCUAAGUACAAGAAACCGACCAGGUCAUUGAACAAAAAUAUAUUGAGGAACCAAACUAGUUUAUCAAUUAAGACUCUUGAGCAUAUCUCCUCGAAGUCGCCGAUUAAGUGUCUGAGGGACCUUCACCGGGAGAAGCUCAGGGAGUAUAAAUCCAGGAUAUUAGGAUCUAAGGAAAUAGCCCAUAACCUUUCUUAUGAAGUUGAGGGUUCUACCAAGUCAUCGUUUGGUUAUAAAUUACAUGUGUAUAACUCUUCAUUCUCCGAUAUUGACAACCCUGUAUUUGAUACACCUGGGAAUUCUGGUCAAGGCAAGCCUAAAAGGGCAUUUGACAAGAAGUUCCUUAAAUUACUUAAGAAGAAGAGCAAGAGCUUCGUAGCUAAUGGAAACCGGAAUGCCACUUUCACUAGGUGGACCCCGAUGCUCAUUAGAGGAGAAUCUUCUUAUGAAUAA